UCACUGGAAAAAGGAUUUGUACACAGCGUAUAGUGUUUACUGCAGUAGUAUAGUGUUGCUGUAUUAGGACAAUAAAUUGUUUUAAAGCAGGAUGGAGAAAUAAAUAAUGUUACAAUAAUAACAGAUUAGUAGGCCUACACACUAGUACCAGUCACAUGGCAUUUUAUAAGUCUACAGACUAUAUAUUAAAAUAAAUGGAUAAGAAAAUCAAAUUAAUUUAAAUAAAACAAUUAUUGACUAAAUUGAACGCCUGAAGACUCACGUGUGUCUUCAUCUUCGAGUCCGACAAAGUUACAGAUGUGUAUUUUCAUUUAGGAUCAUAACUGCAUUUACAUUGCGUUUUACCAGCAGAGGUUCUCAUUAUUCGAUCAUAGUAAAUACGUUUCCAGAUUUAUUCAUUCGUUCGUGCCGUCAGUCAUUAUCUGGUGUGUAACCAUCAGACUUGAUACUGAACUCAGCUCAGUGAGGGCGAUUUUUCUAUUGUAGACAUCUGCAGGCAAACUGAUCUCAAAUCAGCAAAGCGUCUGUUACCAACCGACCAAUGGAGGGCUCGUGUGAGCGUCACGUGACCAAACACGGAAGUGUUAGAUGCAUGAACAGUUAGGAGACUGACCUAGAUCAGAAAAUAGAUUCAGAAACUCAAUAGAUCCCCGUUUUUGUGAACUGAGAUAGAUGAAUUACACGUCCUAAAGGUUUCCGAGCUGAGCAAUGCCUCUAGUUCCCGCGAACCAGCCGCAGCUGAUCCGCUCGAGUCAGAAAGAUGAGUAUUACCAGAAGAACCUGACAAACAACGCUAACGAGCUCUUCCACACAUUCGCUGGUUCCAGACAUUGGCUUCAGUGGAGGAAGGAAAUUGAAUUACUGUCUGAUCUGACCUACUAUGUCUUAACCACUUUAUCUGGAUACCAGACGCUGGGCGAGGAGUAUGUGAGCAUCAUCCAGGUGGACCCCAGCCAGAGAAGAAUCCCCUCACGGAUGCGCAGAACCGCGCUCAUCCUCUUCCACACGUUUGUGCCUUAUCUUCUGGACAAGGUCUUGAUCUGCGUUGAGAAUGAGCUGGAAGCAGAAGCUCCUCAGACGAGCAGGACCUGGAGUCCGUUGUCACAUGUGCGGCUGUGGAUUCAGAGAGCUGUAGGGAUGCUGACGGAGUCUCAGAGGAAGGCUCUGGUUCCCAUCGUAUUUGCCCUGCAGCAGGGGAUCACACUGCUGUACAGACUCCAUGUGGCCGUCUUUUACAUCACCGGAGCCUUUUACCACAUUGGCAAAAGAGCUACAGGUGUAAGUUAUCUGAGAGUGGGGCAUGUGUCUGGGGACGACCCGUGGAUCAGGACCAGUUACCGUCUGCUGGGGGCUCUGUCCCUGCUGCAGCUGGGCAUCACUCUCACACUGCAGUUUAACAACCUCAGACAGAGACAGAGAGCUCGACAGCAGUGGAAGCAGCACAGAAACCUGCUCCCCAGUCUUCAGGUCAGCCAGUCGUCGUCUCGUUCCUCGCGCUGUAUCUUGUGUUUGGAGGAGCGCAGGAACACCAGCUGCACUCCCUGUGGUCAUCUCUUCUGCUGGGAGUGCAUCACUGAAUGGUGCAAUACCAAGAGCGAAUGCCCGCUGUGUCGAGAGAAGUUCCAGCCUCACAGAUUGGUUUUCCUGAGAAACUACAACUAGACUGUGGGAUGAUCCAGACUUCAGAGAAAUGAACUCUGUCUGCAUUAGUUUUUAAUAAUUGCAUGACAUGGAAAUGACUUUGUGCAUUUUGUACUAAAUAGACAAAGAAUACACAUUUCUUCCUGUAAUUUAAUUAAUUGAUUAUGCAAAUUAUUUAAUGGCAAUUGUAACAUUCCUCAAAUAAAAUAAGAUUGUCAUAUUUUUAACGAA